GACAUAUAUAUAUAUAUAUAUAUAUAUAUAUAUAUAUAUAUAUAUUUUGUAUUCCCGAGUGUUGACGUUAUCUCGCCAAAUGGACGAACACUCCUCGGCAGGAAGCUAGGAUGAACGUGCACCGCAUCCUUCACAACUAAAUAAGCGUCGUUAUUGGGCCUUUCUUCUUGAUAUACGUCUGGGGAAAGAUGUUGCUUUUUAAACCAGCGUCAUAAUGUAAGCUGUCUGCGUUAACCGCGGCGACUACCCGUGGUUUGUAACGUUUGUGCCGCUUGGACAGACACAAGUUGAACUUAAACUCCUCCUCUCAGUCCACUCUCUCCCCUCGGACACCAACGCACGCACACCUACAGAACAGAGCCUCUCCUCCAUCAUGUGGACGUGCAUUGCCGUGUCCCUGCUGUGCAUGGGGUUAGCCGGGUGUAUUGAGAAGGCCGCCACGCCGGCCCUGAUGGAACACACCGCCGCCGACUUCAACGAGAAAUUGCAUUCCGGGAAGACGAUGUUCGUCUAUUUCCAGCAGCAAGUCUCCGACACCGUCUCGCUCUUCCUGAUGGAGCUGGAGCAGUCCGCCGACGCUCUGAAGUAUUAUGGCGUGCUGGUUGGCAAGGUCGACUGCAAUGAAGAGCCGGUUCUCGGGUACUGCACGGAGGAGAAGGCCUUGAACACGGCGUUCCUCUUCAGGGCGGGCAAGGAGUUCCUGGGUUUUAACUUGAACACCGUGUUCAGCGUCAACUCCAUCGUCUCCGAGGUCUUAUUCGCCAUUCUGCGUGAAGAGAUCAAGUACAUCCACACAGAGAGUGACCUGCUGGCCUUGGAGAACGCAGCCAGAGGGAAGAAGGACGUCGCGCUGGGCUACGUCAGCAGUCUGGGAUCACAAGAGCACCGGUCGAUGAUGGAGACGGCGUAUGUGUACGGAUCCAAAUACCAGUUCGGCCUCAUAACCGGAGGCCCGGUUUUGAACCACCUGGGCCUCGAUGAGAAGUCUCCCUCGUCCCAGGUGUGGUUCCUCCACUGCGGAGGAGCUCACAGCGGGUCCAAGGCCUCCGAGCACUGCCCCUCCACCCGCAUGAGCAAACCGCUGUCCACGCUCGGCAUCCACUCCUUCCUGCAGCUCAUGGAGGCUCCGCUUGUGUCUGAAGUCUACGAUGACCCGUCCUCAGUCCAGUCCCCUCAGUUCCCCUACCAGGACACCGCCCAGGUCUUCCUGUUCUCUCGCCCCGCCUCCAAGCGGGAGGACCUGCACGCGGCCACCGCUCUGGCCUGGAGGCUCCGCGGCCUCGCCCUGCUGGUGCUCGUGCACAGGCAGAGUCCUGCGGUGAAGACCCCCGAUCAAUACACAGCUGCUUACAGGCUGCCGGAGAAAGGUUCAGAGGUGCAGUAUUUGAACUCAAACAGCCCCGACGAGCUGCUGGCCCUCAUUAAAGAGGAAGAGGAGGAGGAAAAGCCUCUGAGCACGAAUACGAUCCCGAAUACAGAAUUCCACAACCUGGACGAUGAGAUCUCGGUGUCCACCUUCGAAAACCGGCUCAACUCGCUGGACGAGGACUCGCUCACCCAACUGACCUCCGACAACUUCCACGCCGCGGUGGCUCGAAGCGGCCUGACGGUGGCGCUCUUCCACCUCCCGUGGGAGGCUGUUUCCAAGACCUUCCUCGGCUCGUACAUCGAGGUGGCCGGGAGACUUGCAGGUUCCGAGGUCCAGAUGACCGCGGUCAACUGUGCCGUGUGGACCGACCUCUGCGCCGCCGAGUCGGGCGCCGCCCCCCCGAUCCCGUUCCAGCCGGUCACGGUGUUCCCCACCGUCCUGCUGCUCCGCCCCGGGGAGUCGGCCCAGCACUACGGAGGCAUGCUGGGCGCCGACGCGCUGCAUCGCUUCAUCGCCCUGAGCCUGUCAGCUUCUCCGGCGCUACUGUCCACCCAAGAGGAAGUGACAUCAUUCCUCCAGGAAGUGCCUCACCUCGGGCCAGCGGGACACGCACCCGAUCGAGUCCUGGGGCUGUUUGAGACCGAAGCAGGUGUUCGGGCGUUCGCUGAAGCGGCAAAGUCCUUGAGAGGAGAAGUGCUGACCGCGCUGCUGACCGGCGGGCUGGCAGAGAAGUGGGCGGUGCAGCACAACGUGGCUCUUCCCGCCGUGUUGGCGUUCCCAUCCUGGGGGUCUCCCGCCCGGCCCUCCUCCGCGCUGCCCGCCUCCUCCUCCUCCUCCUCCGAGGAGCUGCUGGCCCGCAUCAGCACCGCGCUGCUGCACCCGCUGCCGGAGCUGACGGUGGAGAACCUGCCGUCCUUCCUCUCCCUGGGCAAAGGCCUCCUCCUCCUCUUUGUGGGAGAGGAGGAGGACGAGAUGGCGAGCAGGCGGAACCAGGCGCUGCUGGAGGAGAUGAGAGGACUGGUGGAGCUGGGGGGCCGGCAGGUGGAGCCGUACCUGGUCUGCUGGAUCCACCUCGGACGCACUCCAGCCGGCCGGUCGGUCCUGGGAUCGUUCCUGGGCUCCACGCCCCCCCUCCCGGCCCUGGUCCUGACCCACCUGCCCACUGGAGGUGAGGUCUACCAGUACCCCCCCAACAGGCCCAUCGUGGCCUCCUCUGUGCUGCAGUGGGUGCAGAGCGUGGAGGACGGGGCCGAUGCUGCAGCAGUCGCACUAAUCGCUCUGCAGUUCCUCUACGUCGGCUUGUUUCUCGAGCAGCUCUAUCAGCGCCCGGACGCGCCGCCGUCUGCAACCAAUCAUCCAACGACGGCCUCACAUCUACAUCAUCUCUCCUGUAUGCAAGGCAAGGCAAGGCAAGGCAUGUUGGGUGGAGACAGCUGGCCUCCCGCUUCCGAGUUGUUGGACUUCCUGAAGAUCAUGGACACGCAGGGCCCCAACAUCCGCCAGCAGGCGGCCCCGAAGCCGACGGAGGAGAGCGGCGCGGCGGGAGGAAAAUCCGCAGCUCCUCCCGCCUCCAUCCAGCACCCUCACACCGAACUGUAGGACGAUUAAACAUGUUUAUCCCUUCA